CUGAAAAUCGUGACAACCAAUUACGCAUGAUCUCUCUCACACACACACACAUGCACAGACUACACCGAUCGAAGGAUUUUUCUUGCGAAGCCACGCAUCGGAGACCAUCUGCGUGUCUGUCGGUCAGUGUCUCAGCCAUUGCAACAAUGGUGUCACCAACGACAUAUGCUCCUCUCCCCUUGAUCCUCUUCCUCGUCUCCGGCCUCGUCGCCACGGCCACCGAGACGCCGACGACGGCCCCAGACACCACCACCACAACAACCAACACGUCCCCUUGCCCAUCAUACCGGUGCGGCCACGCCGUCGACAUCCGGUACCCGUUCUGGAUCGACGACGACAACGACGCCGACACACACACAAACAUCUCAUCGUCCCACUGCGGCUACCGGAGCCUUCGUCUCGAGUGCCGGCGGGACACGCCGGUGCUGUCCCUUCCAUCGGGCGACUACGCCGUGAGCCACAUCCAGUACGGCGACCGGACGGUGACGCUCUUCGACCUGGGCGUCUUCUCCCGGUCCAACACCUGCCCGCUCGUGGCCGGCCGCAACCUCACCUUGCCCCCGGACAACACCACCCCGCCGCUGUCGCUGACGGACAGGGACACCAACCUGACAUUCUUCAUCCACUGCUCCCCCUCCUCCUUCGCCAUGCCAUUGCCCGCGACCGCGGGACACCUGGUGGCCUGCCUCGAGGGCGACGGCAUGCACCACUCCUACGUCUUCCACGACGGCGACGGCGCGCCGCCCUACUACGGGCUCGCCGCGGGCGCGUGCCAGGACGUGGUCGGCAUGCCCGUGCUCAGGAGGUCCUUGCUGGGGAGGACGACGGGGGCCGGGCCGUUGGAUGCCGUCGUGCCGGCGCUCAACAUGGGGUUCGAGCUUGGGUGGAGGCCGGAGACCGGCGGGGAGUGUGGCGGCUGCGAGAAAGCCGGCGGAUGGUGCGGCCACCGUCGGGGCGCGGCGGGCCAGCCGUGGGCGUUCGCCUGCUUUCUUCGGACCGCUGCCUCGGGCUCUGCUGCUGCUGCAUCGGUCGCGCCCAAAGCUUCAGGUACGCAAUUAAACGCAUGUUCGCUCUUUACUUCGAAGUUCGAACAUGUACGCAGAGGUAAGUAG